AUGGAAGGGAACCGGCAAAAGGGGACAAGAGAACGUCGGUAUCGGGUCGAAUGCGUGGCUACGGUUCCGGAAGUGGACAAACUUCAGGCGAGAAUACAAUUGCAAAGUGGAAGCUGUCGUACGGACAGUGCAGGGACCGUUAUUUGUCAAGGGAUAUAUCCCAGUCCAACGAUAGAGAUUUCCCAACCGGAAUGGUCAUCCCGAUCGGACCAUGCGUGGUCUGCCUGGACUGGCUGCAGCCGCCCGUGCGGGGGUGGAAUGCGAAGUCGGUGGCGUCUUCGAGGACAGCCUAGUGCUGCGAGUCUGUCCGCCGUCGGAAGUAACGACAUCGGCGCUCCGGAAGCCGAGAGAGAAGAACAGAGUUGCAAUACACAUCCGUGUCCAGUUCUUCAUCAGGCUCCACAUCUCAGAGGGGCAAAACCUGCUGGACAGGAUACACAUGAACCAGGAAAAUACGGGUUAGUGUAUGCGAUAAUUGCUGGUUUGUGUGGCGCUGCCCUGGGUAUUGCCGUAGUUCUCAUACCCUAUUUGAUCUACGUGAACCGUACGCGGAAGCAAGCAACUAAACGCGGACGACAGGAGCAGCGUUCAUCUGUCUGGCGCAAACUGAAUGAAAGGCGACUGAACUCCGAGAGAAACAUGCCUUACAUAUGGUUUGCAGAUACCGAUCGUUCGGAGAAAGCAGCAGUGAAACAAAUGUUGCUCCAAAGAAAGAAAGCCAACAAUUCGCUCGAAGCAGCUACUGUGGGACCAUCAGUAGAACGGGCGAAAACUGGAGCGUCUAGGCCAAAGGAAACUAUUGGAGACAGUCCAAGCACACUACAAACGCAAGCGUCUGCUGCUCGUCCCGGACCACAUCGAAAUGCAAGUCUGACGCGGAUCCAAGCGUUGCACAACGACCACCGUGGCACAAUCAAGAAUAGAAAUAUCAGUCCAUUGUCCAUGAACGAACCGAUUGUGCCAUGGGAGCAUACAACCACAGAGAGGAACGGGUUGAAUCCGGCUUUUGUGGAUUCCAGUCCACCUCAACCGCAUGUCGAUCACGGCCGUGUGUUUAACAAGAGCCCGAUAUCAACAUACGAUCCCACUGCUGAAACAGUAAACACAAUAACCAAAUGCCCAUCACUAUUUCACGCGCAAGGAGCAGUAGCAAAUAAUCCCAAUACUCAAAAAGACGAAAUUAUUUAUGCUUCAGCCUAA